AUGAUGGAUGGUCUAAUUCUACAUUUACGUACGUCAGACCUUGACGAAACAACGAAAUUCCUGCCUUCUGCUUCAUUUAAUACAACAAGUUAUCCCAGUGUCACGAUCACGACCUACCUCGACACAUUGUCUGCCCGGCAACCGUUGAUCAAUCACAUAUCUGGUAAAUAUCAAAGAGACCCUCAACAGCUUAAAAUCAUGAAACGAAUUCUUGGCGUUGAUUUCUCACCACUGGCUGAACCACUAGAUCGACAGAUGAUCACAUUGGGGGUUCUAAUGCACUUCUUGCUCACAUUUCCAGUCACUGUUUUUGGACUUAUUCUACCAUUUUUCUUGAUUUUCACCUUUCAAUGGCAUAUUCUUCUUAUUUAUGCGCUGUGGUAUCUGUAUGAUAGGAAGUCACCUCAGAAUGGUGGAUAUCCGAGCAAAUGGGUACAAAGCUGGCGUCUGAACAAAUGGUUCGCUGAGUACUUUCCUGUAUCUGUGCAUAAAACGGCAGAGUUAUCGACUAACCAGAACUACAUUCUUGGCUGUCACCCUCACGGUAUCAUUGGAAUGGGAGUUUAUGCGACUUUUGCCACAGAAGGCACAAAUAAAAGUGAAGUGUUUCCUGGCAUACAAUUUUUGGUUUGUACCCUUGCGUCAAAUUUCAACAUUAUGAUCAGGAGGGAACUGCUCCUUCUCGGUGGAUUCAUCGAUUGCUCUAAGGAAAGUAUCAGGAAUGUAUUGUCUGGUGAGAAGAAAGGGAAGGCUGUUGUCAUCGUUGUAGGGGGCGCUGAAGAAGCUCUGGAUGCUCAUCCAAGAAUGCACAAGUUGAAAUUGGCCUCUCGUAAGGGAUUCGUAAAGGAAGCUUUACGUGCCGGAGCGUCACUAGUUCCAGUGUAUUCAUUUGGUGAAAAUGAUAUCUAUGAACAGGUGGAAAAUCCUAAAGGCUCUCUAAUUCGCCGAUUCCAAACCUGGUGGAAAGAAUUGACCGGCGUCUCAAUGCCAUUUUUUUAUGGCAGAGGGCUCUUUCAGUUGAAUUUCGGCUUUCUUCCCUAUAAUCGGGCGAUAGAUGUUGUUGUUGGUGCACCAAUAGCCGUAGAACAAGUUGCUGAACCGACUAAUGAGGAUGUGGAUCGUGUACAUAAGCAGUACUGCGAUGCUCUCACGCAGCUUUUUGAUCGAUAUAAAACUCGAUUUGGUGUGUCAAAGGACACAUUGCUUACCAUUGAAUGA